CCAUGCGAAGGAGGCGAGACAAGGGGGGCAUCAAGGAUCCAGGGGAGGUCGAGAGAGAGAGAGAGAGGAGGAAAAGGAGGGGGGUUUGGAGUCCCCUUUGUUCAGCGCUCCCCAUAAGAGGAGUCCCGGAGACGGGUCUGGGGCAGAAGGAGGGUCCCAAGAGGAGCUCAGCCAUGUCGCGCUCCUUCUACGUGGACUCGCUGAUCGUGAAGGACUCGGCGCGGCCCCCGGCGGAGCACCCUCCCCACCCGCACCAGCACCCUGCUCAGGACUUCCUCAUCCCGCUGGGCGUGCCCGCGCCCUUGGUGAUGUCCAUGCCCCCCGCGGGAAGCGGCGUCCACGGGUGCGGAGGGGCGUCGCGCAAGGGCAGCGGAUUCUGCGUGUGUCCGCUCUGCGUGGCCUCGCACCUACACGCUUCCUCCUCCUCCUCGGCCCGAGGAACAGGAGGAGCCGCCAUCCCUUUGCUGAAGCAUCACAACUUCUCCACCGGAGGAGGAGGAGAAGCACCCUUCAGUCACCCGCCGCAGCCGCCCUCCCCUCAGCAGUCCGGAUCGGCCACUUCGGUGGCAGCCAGGGUCCACGCCUUGGGCCACCCACCUGUCUGCACAGCCGCCGCCUACACCCUCAGCGACCCCCGGCGCUUCCACUGCCUCGGCAUGGGCGCUUCGGACGGGACGGGCCCGCUGCAAAACGGGAAGCGGAUGCGGACGGCCUUCACGAGCACGCAGCUGCUGGAGCUGGAGCGGGAGUUCUCCUCCAACAUGUACCUCUCGCGGCUGCGGCGCAUCAAGAUCGCCACGUACCUCAACCUGUCCGAGAAGCAGGUCAAGAUCUGGUUCCAGAACCGGAGGGUGAAGCACAAGAAAGAGGGCAAAGGCGCCCAGCGCAACACCCACGGCGGAUGCAGCUGCACCGGCAACCCGGGCCGGUACCCGCGCUCCGAGGACGAGGACUCCCUCUCGCCCGCCUCCGCCAGCGAGGACAAGGAGGCCUCCCCCUUGUGAGAAGCCCCUUCGGCUCAGACCAACCAAGCCAUGAGUCUUUGCCCCUCCGGUUCUGAACUGUCUGACACAGUCAUAGAAUCAUAAAGUUGGAAGAGAACUCAUGGGCCAUCCAGUCCACCCCCCUGCCAAGAAGCAUUCAAAGCACCCCCGACAGAUGGCCAUCCAGCCUCUGUUGAAAAGCAGCCCCAGAAGAAGUUCUUUUUUCCCUCCCUUUCUCCUUCCCAACAUUUCAAAUGGCCAUGACGAUGAGGAAGGAUAAGACUCCUUUUUUUGUACAGAUCUGUAUAUAAACUUUGCAGGGUUUUCUUAUUUUGGAGGGGAGGGAUAGUU